GCUUUGUCGCGCGUGGUGAACGCUCGGACAGAAGAAGAUUUCAAUUCCGGGCUGCAUGAGCUAUACCUUCUUGCUCCCGUAGAUGCAGCUCACGUAUCGGAUGCAUGGCUGGAUAUCUGGAAAUACCGAAUUGUGCGAUGCUGGACGGAUAGAGCCAUGCACUUUGGCAUGCACGCUUCUUCGCGGGUGGAAGGCUACCAUGCCGCCAUGACAGAGUGGCUUGGUACGUCGACGGGGGACGUUCUAACUGUUCAUUCCAGGAUGGAGCACUGGUGG